UUGAUCAUCGGUAGACGAUAUUUUCCUUCAAGACGGGAGACCAUGGCAACUUUUAUUCCCAAAGUUUCGCAAAUUAGUCCAAGAAUCAUUCGAAUUUUAGGAUGUAACCCCGGACCGAUGACUCUACAGGGAACUAACACUUAUUUGAUUGGAACUGGGAAGAGACGCAUUUUGUUGGAUACUGGAGAGAAGGCCAAUGCAGAUUAUAUAUCCUCCUUAUCAUCGGUUCUGCAGGAGCACAACACUUCCAUAGACAGGAUCGUCAUAUCGCACUGGCAUCAUGAUCACAUAGGUGGAGUGGGGGAUGUUCUCGGCUGCCUUCCCGCUCGUGCAGAUGUCCUCAAGUUUCCUAGGGUUGACCCAGUAGAUGACCCUCUGCCAGAGUCUGUGUCACUGAAAGAACUGGUGAACCAAGAAGAAAUUCAGGUCGAAGGAGCUACAUUACGUGUUCAUCAUACACCCGGUCAUACAACUGAUCAUGUUGUAUUGGAACUUGCUGAGGAGAAUGCAGUAUUUAGUGGAGACUGCAUAUUAGGGGAAGGAACAGCGGUAUUUGAAGAUCUCCACAGUUACAUGUCUUCACUUAAGCUCAUCCUAGCUCUGACACCAAAAGUUAUAUAUCCAGGACAUGGGCCAGUAAUUGAAUCACCAACGGAAAAGAUCCAGAUGUACAUUGAUCAUCGCAACCUGAGAGAGGACCAGAUUAUCCAGACCCUGAAGGAAAGUGAAAAGAAAUAUUUAACAGCAAUGGAGCUUGUGAAAAUAAUCUAUAAGGAAACUCCAGUGCACCUACACCCUGUUGCUGCAGUAAACGUUGGUCACCACUUGCAGAAGCUAUUUAAGGAUGGAUUGCUGCAUGGCAGGAAUGACAGUUGGUGCCUCAAGAGCCGUAAAGACCAGUUAUAAGUUUGGAUUCAAUGUUGUUCAUUUGUUGAUUUUAUACUGUCAUGAUUCAUUGUUUUGUUUUUUGUCUUUGAUUCCUUUUAAUGUAAGUAAUUUCUGCAAUAUUUUCAAAAUGUUGAUGUUGAGAUGAUUUUAUAUAUAACUGCCUUGUAUAUUUGGCACAAAUAUUUUUUUAGGUAAUGAAGCUAAAAGAUGAUAGGACAUCUGUCAUUUCCCAGCAUAUUAGGAUAAGAUUUAAAAGGAGAAGGAGAUUGCAGAGUACUGAUACUAAUACACAGAGGGAGGAUUGGGGUACAAGAGCUCUAUGUACCACUCAUUUUUCUUCUUAAUCUAUUGAAUCCAGUUGCUUUACAGCAGUCAUAUGGACCAAAAUAUGGGUAUUAGAAGCUGUGCGGUCGCUCUGAAGGGUGUGUAGCUUGUAGGCUGGGCACACGUGAACACUUGUGCAGUGACAAGACUAUGCCUCCCCUUUGUAAUGUUAUUUCCUCUUCAUGCAUUAGUAUAUUUAGCUCUUUUGCCAUUUUCCAUUGAAUUGCAUUAUCCAGAUGGUAAUAGACUUUUCCUUCUCAGACUCCAUACCAUGUCUGUAAGUAGUCCAUAACUCAGAGCAAGAAUAAUAACAAUAAGUAACAUUUUUUAUUUGCAGCUUUUCUUCUUUUCUUUUCUUUUUCUGUAAUACAACCUAUUCUACCGUUCACUGGCAACCUGGAAGAGAAUACUAAUACAGAUAAUGGCGUGCUCCUUGGAGCUGAUGCUCUUCCCGUCAUGGUUUAUGGACACUACAUUCCACACUCAUUUAUCAAUUGAAAUAAUGCAAAGUGCCUUUCUAAACACCCAAAUGAUUCUAAUCACCCUCCAAGAGGAUUGUGCAUUUGAGGCGGUCUUUCCUGUCAACCUGGCUUUUGGCCAAAAUGCUCACGAUGGCAAGUUUGUGUUACCUGCCUCUAGCCCAAUUUUUUCAUGAUGUGAUGGUCAUGUCAUCUAAAUUGUAGGGGUUUAAGAAUAUGAUAAGUAUAGUGAUAAAGUCUUACACUAACAAUAAUAAUGAAAUUUGAUGUUUUUUUUUCUUUUUAAAGAAAGGGGUCAAAUGUUUUAAAUGUGGAAUGAAGUGUAAAUGUAUGCAUGUAUGUACAAGGGAGAGAGAGAAAGAGAGAGAGAAAGAAAGUAGACUACUUAUAUUUUGCAUUAGUUGUAAAUAUUUUUAAAAGUUUUUGUUUGGAGUUAUUAUUCAACUUUGCCAACUCGAAAUAUAUAUAUUUAAUAUGGAAUGAGUUUUCUCUUUCUUUUUCUAUGUGCCAAAUAUAUAAAACAUUGUAAAUGGGAACAGUGUAAAUUGCACUUAUGAAUAUAAAUAUAUAUUUUCAAAUAA